AAUAACCAAGACUUGGCUUUUCAAUUGGUAGAAAAUGAUCCUGGCACAAGUACUGGAAAGAUUGUUUCAGAAACAGAUUUACAAACUUUUGAAGGUACUUCUUCUGGUUAUGAUAAGCUAAAUACAUGUUUUCAACGUCAGAGCAGUCAUGCACCUUCUGUUGCAUUUGGUGAAGAAGGAAUGUCAAAGUUUUCCUCUACUGUUGGAAAAAUUUGCUUUUGGAAAAAUUUUGCCUAUGAAACUGAGGGCCGUCCUUUUCUUACUACCACUCAUGAUGCUAAUCUAGAAGAAAUUGCAAAUAUUUUACAAAGUAAAUGGAAAAUAAAAAGUCCAAGAAUUGUUUUAGUGGUGAUUUCUAAUGUAACAUCUCCUCAUGAUUGGAAAAACAGCAGGCAGCUAGAAAAUUUUCAAAAAGGAUUGAUUAAGGCUGCUAAUGCUACAGAUAUGUGGAUAGUAACUCAAGGAAUUAAUGUUGGAAUUACAAAAGUAAUUGGUGAUGCAGUCCAUUUGGAACAGUUAAGGCGACAAGGGUUAAAAUGCCACAAACAUCCUAAUCAAAACAGUAUUAAAUUUAUACCUUUGAAUUUAAUUGGUAUUGUAAGAGAAGAUUUUCUAAUAUAUGGAGAUUUAUUUGAUGGAAGACUUGAUCGAGUAGAAAUUGAAAAUGAAGGAAACUGUCCAGAAGAAAACAAGUAUGAAUUAAAUCCUGAUCAUUCUCAUUAUAUUAUUGUUAAAGAUAAUACAAUUAAUAAAACAGGAAUGAAUCAUUUUCUGCUUCAUCUGGAACAAUAUAUGGUUAGUGCUGUGGAAACUUCAACUCCAAAUCAAAGAAAUGAUGAUAUUGAAACUUUGAGUUCAAAUGAAAUUCCUGUAGUGGCAUUGUUAAUCCAAGGUGGUUACAAUUGUGCUCGACUUGUUUUAGACCAUUUAAAAAAACAACUUCCUGUUGUUGUGCUAUAUGGAUCAGGUGGAUUAGCUGACUUAAUUGCACAUGCUUAUUAUGAAAUUCAGUAUAGAUUACAGGGAUGUUGGGAUGCAGAAUUUGUAGAAAAUUCUUUAAAACCAGAUUUAACAAGUAAAAUAACAAGAAAUUUUCCAAGACUUCGUGAUAAUACUCUAGCUAGAAAUAUAUUCAGAGACCGAAUUUUGGAAUGUGUUAGAUAUUCACAUCAGAAUACACAAGUUUAUUUAACAAUUUUGAACCUUCAUGGCCAUUCCAUUGGUUUGGAAAAUCUGGAUGAACAUUUGCUUCGUUCAUUAUUUAAAGCUCAGCGACCUGAACAUUCAAACUGGCAUGCAAACAUGCGUAAAGAUUUAUAUCUUACAUUAGACUGGAAUACUCCUCAUGUAGCUACUUCAGAAGUUUUUAUGAAAGAUCCUUCAAACAAGUUUCGGAUUGAUAAAGCAAUAUUUGAUGAAGCUCUGUUAAGACCUAAUAGAGAAGAAUUUGUGGAUUUAUUUUUAAAUCAAGGUUUCAGAGUUCAUAAAUAUUUAACUCCUCAGCGACUGAAAAUGAUAUUUUCAAAAGCUCGGAGGAAAGAAUUUUUUCAAUCAGUUUGUUGGGAAGGAGUAUUAGGUCAUGGAAUGGAGAGGAAACUUGGAAAAAAUUUUGUUGAGAGAGAUUUAAAUUGGUUAAUAGAGCAUGUUACUGGAAUACCAAAUUUUGUUAAUCCUCAAGAACUUUCAUUGAAUGGAAUGGGAAUGUAUGCCAGUGAUCCUACAUCUGCAGAACGCAAAGCAUUAACCAUACUAAUUAUGUGGGCUGUUUUCACUAAUCGUCCAAAGCUGUGUAAAUUAUUAUGGAGACAUUCAGAUCAACCUGUACAUGUUGCUCUUAUUGUGUCUAUGAUUUAUGAACGGUUGUCUUCAUAUGUACAUGAAAUGGGAAUGAAAUCAGAAAUGAUGGAACGUAGCCAACAGUUUGCUGAUAUGGCAACUGCAGUUCUAGAUGCUAGUUAUAAUGAUGCUUCGUGUAGAGCUUAUGACAUUCUGAGUGAAGAGAGUGCAGAUUGGUCAUAUAAAACUGCUGUAGAUAUUGCUGCAGAUGCUAGAAAUCGCACAUUUCUUGCUCAUCCUUGUUGCCAGAAAUGGUUAACAAGUAUGUUUUUAGGUAAAAUCAGUAUUAGGGAUGUUACCUGGGGAGUCAUUACUUUUCCUCAAUGGUUAAAGAUAAUAUUAUGUGCAUUUUUAAUCUUUCCUAUGUAUAUAUGGAUAAGAUUUAAAUCAGAACCAUGGAACACUUUCAGUAGUGUCGAAGAUGAAACUGAUGAUGACAAUGAUGAUGAUGAUAAUGAUGACACAAUGACAAAUGGAAAGAAGUAUGUUUAUGAAAAUAGUAAUUCUGUAAGAUAUGAAUUUCCAUUUGGUCAUGGUAAACAUAGACAACAAGUAGCAACAUUACUUAGAGAAAAAGAAGUAUUUAUUCGUGCACCACCUCCAAUUUGGAAAAUGAUAUAUUGGAUGUGGAGUGCUCCUAUUACAAAGUUUUGGAUUUUUCAGUUAUUUUAUAUGUUUUAUUUGGGGAUAUUUAGUGUUGCAGUUCUUGCUCCUUCUUGUGGUAUCUUAAUUCUAGAUAUAAUUGUCUGUUCAUGGACAUUUCUCAUAGCCAUAGAAAAUAUCAGACGAGCAUAUAUUCUAUUCAAAAAAUAUACCAGUGUACCAUUAUUUCUGAAAUGCGUAGAAAUACUCUUGAUAAUAGCAUUCGUUGUUCUAUAUGUUUUGGGUAGAAUUUUGAAUGUUGGAAUUUUUUUAAAACCAUAUAAUGGAAAGAUUCUCUUAUGUGUUGGAUUAUUAUAUUUUUAUUAUCGACUCAUUGCUAUUUAUCUUCCUAUAUCACCAACUUUAGGACCACUUCUUUACAGAGUGAAACUAAUGGUUCUUGUUGAUUUUGUAAAUUUCAUGAGGAUGACAAUGCUUGUAAUAAUUAGUGGUGGAAUAGUCAUACAAGCUACUUUAUAUCCAGAUUUUCCACUUGAUACAGAAUUAUUCAGACGUGCUUUUCAUCGUGCAUGGUUUUCUCUCUUCAUAACACCAAUUGAUGAGUUACAAGGUAAAGACUGGUGUAGAGAAAAAGGAAACAUAAAUAAUAUUACAAGUUGCUCAAAUAUUGGAAAAUAUGCAGAUAAGUUUUGUCCGAAUGAUGGAUUGUGGCCAUAUAUAUUUUCCAUUCAGUAUUUUGUUCUUCUCAAAUUAAUUCUACUCACCUUGCUUUAUGCAUUAUUUAGUGCUACUGCAUCUAAACUUCAAAUGGAAACAGAUGCUAUUUGGAAGUUUCAACGAUAUCAACUUGUGGUGGAUUUUGCAAAUCGUUCCUGUUUGCCACCUCCCUUAUGUGUUAUAAGUUAUAUAUAUAUAAUUUUUAAAUGGGUACUUAAAUGUUUGACCUGUGCUUUUUGUCAAAAACAAGAUCAAGUGGAUGCAUUAUGUGUAAAAGCAGAAGACAAAAGUUCACUUUCUGAAAAGGAUUACAACUAUUGGAGACAGUUAGCCCAAGAUUAUCUUAGUAAAGAAGAAGAAAAGGAUCGAGAUAAAGAUAAAUUAAGUAAACAAAUGGAAGCUAUAUUGAAUAUGACUGAUGAUCUUGACUACCAGAAAAAAAUAUUGAAACAGUUGAAAGGCAGAAUGAGAGAAUUGGAACAUACAGUUCGUGUGUCUCAAGUAUAUUUGGAAUCGAUAAAACAUAUAACAGAAAAGCAUGAAGAGCAUGCUGGUCCAAGUAUACAUAUUUUAUCCAGACAUUCACCUUAUCCUGGUACAAAAAUUCAGAGAUUUCCUGUUCCAGAUAAAUAUGUACCUUGGGAAGUCAUGUGGACAGAAUAUGAUCCAGUAGCUUAUACUAAACCUCUCUGCGAUUUUCCUAUUGAAAUACAAUCUUAUGUGGAUGAGGAUAUACUUUUAAUUUAUGAAGGAGAUAAGAAAGACAAAACAUUGCCCAUCUUACAAUGGAAUACUAUUAAUGUCAAUGUAGCUGGAGUUUAUACCAAUAGAAAAUCAUGGAUGGUUGAUUCUGAUGGCAUUCCACUAAUUUAUAAACUGGACAGUGAAAAUUUGCCACGAAAUCCGAUGGGAAGAAGUGGAAUUAGAGGAAAAGGUAUACUUCCUCGAUGGGGUCCUAAUCAUUACAUUUACAUAAUAAUAACAAGAUGGCAGAGAUCAAAAUUACCAAUUGCUGGUGGAAAAGGUUUGGAAGUUAUAGUAAUGAAGAAUGAAAAAAAUCAAAUAACACUUCCAGGGAGCUUUGUUGGAGCUGACAAUCAAUAUCAAAUGCUUGCAAAUUUAUUUAAAUUGGAUAAGAGUAAAUGGCAAAAUAAGGAAGAAAUGUUACAGUUCUUUCAAGGAUGCGCUCAUUUGGAGGAAGGUAAGGACUCUUCAGGAUCCGAAAUGAAAGGACAACAGUUACUAGUAGGUUAUAUGGAUGAUCCGUGCAAUACUGAUCAAGCGUGGCGAGAAGUGGAACUCUGGCACAUUCAUUACUCUGAAAUGGAAACUCUUGGCGAAAAAUUACAGUCUCCGCUUUUUUGGAGGUUGAUUACCGAAGAUAUAUUUAUGAAACUACCACCGGGCCAGGCCCUCCUAUUACAAGAAGUUACGCAUAAUCUCCAACCUUCCAUUAUAUAGUUUAAAACUAUUUUUAUACAAACAAUUUUACAGAUACAAGCACAAGGAGAUUAGUUUUAUAAUUUAUUUUCCAAUUUUUAACCAGGAUAUUUUACACUAUUUAAAAUUUAGAAAAAUAUUUUUGGAAUGAAGCAAUUUUUUACAUACAAUAUAACUGUGAUAAAAAAAACUUUUACUUAUUUUGUAAAAGUACAUUAAUAAUAAGGACUUUCAUCCCAUACAUGAUAAUUUUUGUAAAAAUUUAAUUUAAUUAGAUAUAAAAAAAAACUUAACAA